AGCGGGUGCAGAUGGUCGCGGUAGUCGCCGCGGCGUCGGCGGCAAAACUGCGGCAACUGCGCUCGCGUCAACAAAAUGUCAAACCAGUCAAACGUCAGCUCGCUGUCCGAGCGACUCGUCGUGAACGGUGAGAGGAGCAGGAGCAGCGUCAACGCUGCUGGUGCCGCCACCGGCGCUGUCAGUGGCAACGGCGGUUGCCGCGGGGUAAGAGGAGUAGGAAAGGGCAAUUGCGUGGGUGGUGGAAGUGUCUUUGAUUCUUACAAUAGUGCCGAUUCUUGUGUCAGUCACAUCAGUGCCGGUAGUAAUAAGAAUAAUAAUAAUACUACUGAUAUCAUUGGUAACGGCGGCGUACUCGUUGUUACCGGCGGCGUCAUCGGUGGCGCCGCGGACGGUCUCCGCGACGUGACGUUGUCCGACGCCUUACGCGACACGACGCCAGUGAAUUUCUGCCGCGAGACGACAGUACCGCGUACCUGCAGCGGCGACUGUCGUUGUUGUACUUACGCUGUCGACGCGUUAUUAUCCUCGGUGACAGGAGCGACGACGUGCCUGGCCAACGGUGGCGGGGUCGACGUCGCCGCCAAUGACGACGACGACGACAACGACGACGACGACGACGACGACGACGUCGCAACGUCGAUCAACUAUCGUGAGAUUACAUUGAGCAGCGCUGGAACCAGGACGACGACGACGACGACGACGACGCCGCUGCUGCUGGACGCCGGUAGCGUCAACGCGAGAACGAUCAACAGAAGUAGGAGCGGAAACAGUAACAACUCUACAAACGCCGCUGCCGUCGUCAUUGUUGACGUCGCGCCGUCGUUUCCCGACGUCGACGACGACGACGACGACGACGACGACGACGAAGAAGAAGACGAAGAAGAAGACGAGGACGACGAGGACGACGAGGACGACGACGACGACGACGACGACGACGAAGAAGAAGAAGAAGAAGACGAGGACCGUCGCCGCUAUCACGAUCGCGGCAAGAUGGUCGCGGCGAUGAACGAGCACCUGUCGAACGCUACGACGACGACAACAUCAUCACCACCGGCGGUGGCAAACGCCAUCCGCAACACCAUCGCGAUGUCAUCAUCGUCAUCCUCAUCAUCGUCAUCAUCAUUGUCGUCGUCGUCGUCGUCUUCAGUAUCGUCGGCUAUGAUGACAGCGACUACCACAAAUGCCGGCGGCAAUCCUUCCGUCACGAUGAUGACGAUGAGCAGUGUCGGGAGCGGUGCUAAUGGUAACAAUAACAACGCCGGCGGCGGUGGCUGCACCAGCGCUCGCAACCAAGAAUUCCAGGACAUGGACGGCGACGGCAAGAGCACCAGCGGCAACACCGCUGCCGCCGGUAUCCAUAGUUUUCCAUGUGAUUUCGAUCAUAUGUAUGCCAGCAUGACCGACGGUGCUGCGCCGGCUGCCGCCGCGGCCACCGCGGCCACCGCUCUCGGCGUCAGUCCGCUGCGCGGCAAUGAGCCUCGUCACAAUGAUCUCACCGAGGUCAAACACCUCAAGGAGCUGCUGUUGCUCCACCUCGACCUCAUCCAGCAGCAGUCCGAGCAGAUCGUCACCAAGGACAAACUCCUCGCCGCGCUACGUCAGGAAAAUGAGACGCUGAAGCUACGUUUGGAACGUAUGGAAAGGCGUGUGAACCUUCAAAAACUGAGAUCUGAAUGUAGCGAGAAUUCUACCGGUUCUGAGCAUUUAGGCGCCUGCUCGCCCACCAGUGUCAAUUCAGUGAAUGUACCUUCGACCAGCGAACUACAUAGAAAUGUUCAAUGCGAGAGUACCAACAGUAGCAACAUCUUGCACGAGAGCUUUAAGAUACGUCUAAACACUAGUGGCGGUAUCACUACUGUUAAACAAGAACCACACGAUAAUCAAAUUAAAUUGGAAGUCAAACAAGAGCCUAAUAACGAGGCGAGGUUUGAAUGGGAAGAGAAAAAAAAGAGACGAUCUGAUCCAACACCCUUGUCUACAGGUAGUAAAAAGAAAAGGGGUCUCUCUUGUUCAUCUACUGUUAGUAAUGACGGAGUGCAAGAAAAGAUAUUGGGUCAGACAUUGCACGAAACCAGUAGAAAGAGCGACAGGAAGUCGAAAUCUCUUGUGAAAAAAGAAUCCUUUCUCACGACAGAGGAACAUUAUUAUACAGCUGUAGGAGAUCCAACUUAUACAUUAAAUAUGAAACAGUUUAGUCCAGUAGAUACAAGUAAUUCAUUAGAAGUUCCAAAUUGGAGAGUAAAGGUAUAUACAAGUUGUUAUACAAUGGAGGGAACCGAGAAUUUGGACGAUGAAAUUUUUAAUAAGAGACAUUUGAAAUUAGAGAACGAUGAAAGGAGGCGAAAGCGAUGGGAUGUACAAAGGAUAAGGGAACAAAGGCAUAUAGAAAAGUUGAAGCAACGACAAGAACGUCAAAAUCAUCAAGCUACGUGUUAUAAUACAAAUCAUACUGGUCCUUGUCCAUCGUCCAUGGAGGAGGAAAUCAUAACUUCCUUGUGGCCUGAUAUAGAACAAAUUCAAAGUAUCCAAGUAGAUCUUCAUUUGCCAGUAACUGCAUUUGGCGCACCUAUUCCUAGUUUUACUCCAUGUGAAUUCUCUUUACCCUGGUCGAAUAUAACGCGAAUAAAGUGUCGACGUCCUAAACGUUCAACAAGUAGAAGAAAAUCUACAAGUAGAAGAAAAGUUUAAGAGAUAUAAAUUUUUAUAAAAUUGGACAGAACUGAUUUUAUUGGUACCGUCAGUUUUAAACUCUUGAAAAUAUUACUGCUCCCUCUCACGCCAUAAUUGAAACAGCGUUUUUCGUUGCAGGGGCACCAAAGAUAUUUUUAUUGACUUUUUAAACACAUGCGAUAUAAUAUAGUUUAUCUAUUUUUUCUACAUUUUUUUAUUUAAGUAAAUUCGUCGUCAAUAUUUGUUUGAUACAUCUAUUCUAUAUUUUGUACUCGGUGUUGGUCAUUUUAUUUAUAUAACUAUGAAUAGAUAUCACAUACCAUAACGAAGUAUCCAUCCGGCAUAUUGAACAUUUUUCAACUCCAGACUAGAUUUUUGUUUCAUUUUCAGUGAGUUGACAAUAUUGAUAUUUGCAAAACUUUUUUACUGCUUCAAUUAUAUGGAGUACUUUAUAUUACUUUUGUAAUUAAACACAUUCUUUGUUAUUAAUUAUUAAAAAAUCAUUAACUACCAUGUAUGUUAAUACUAUACACUUGAUAAAAAUACAUUGUAAGACAAAGCGGAAGAAAAUACAAUGAAUUUUUAAAUUUUGUGUAGCUCCUUUUGAUAUUUUAUAAAUUCUGCAUUUCUUAAUAAUUUAAAACUUAACAUCAUAAUGGUACAUAUUCUUGAAAAAUUAAGCAUUGCCGCCGAAUUGCGUUUGAUUAACUUCCAAAAUUGACAGUACAAAUGUAUAGAAUGUUUCAGAAAAUACGCGCUUCCUCAAACAAAUUUUUUGACAAAAUUAACAUUUCCUUCAUGAAAAUUUGAUGGCCUAAUGAAAUAAUUUGCAUGAACUUUUCAUAAAGGAAACAUUAACGUCAAGAAAAUUUGUAACUAAAAGAAACUGGAUCGUCUUUUGAUACAAUCUGUAUGCUGUACACCUAUUGGAUUACUAAUAAGAUUAAUAUAAAGCAACAUAAGCGACAUCGAUAUUGUUAUAUCAUCUGCUAUUUUUGCUCCCAAGCAUGUUGAACGCUGAACAUUAAAAUCCGAGAAAUAUAAGCGGAGAAGAAGAGACAUCGUAAACAAUUGUAAAAUCAUUGAUAUCGCGAGUAAUAGUUCAAUUUUACUGAUCUGAGACACAAGGUUCUUUAACACGAUUUUAGUACAAUUUAGUUCGAUUAAAUUUAACUAUACUGACAUGGUGCGUAUUAUAUAUUUAAUAAAUAAAAUUGUAUGUAAAUUUUUCAUUCGUGGUAUCUUUAAAUAUUGAUGCAUUUGUUGACAAUUAUUUUGCAGUUCUGUCAUACAUAUAUAUACAGGGUAUUCCGUAAAAAUCGGAACAACGCUUAAAGGGAGAUUUUUAAGGUCAUUUUAAGACGAAAAUUCUAAUAUCAAAGUGCCGAGGGGAAAAUAUUUCUUUUAAUAUAAUAAAUAUUAAUAAUUUGAAAUAUUUAUAAGAGGCAAUAAUUAGCUUUCAUUUUUAGCAUUUUGUGUCGUUAUUCAAACGCGCAAAUUUUAGGCGGUAUAAUUUGCUAACUUGAAAUGCUUAUAGUUAAAAACCUGUUAUAGUCUCAAUAUUUUGAUUCCGGUCUUUACAGAACAACCUGUAUAUGUAUAUAUAUGUAUAUCACAUUUGAUCGGAGAUGAUUUCUCAUAAUUUCGAUUUUAUUUGUGAAAAUAAAGUAGUCUUACGAAUGUAACGGAUCGACGUAAAUAAUAAUUUGAGCAGAUGCCAACAUUAUUUUCGCAUAUUCAAUCUGCCGAAUAUCAAAUAAUUUUUUAUAUAUGGUGUCUGAUCCAUAAUAAUUUGUCUCGGAUGAAUAAAGAUAAAAAUUGUAUAUAUUUUUCCUUAGAGAUAGAUUUUUUACGUUUUAUUUUUAAGAUGUAUAUAUAGGGUGUCCCAUUUGAAAGGAUCCACCUCAAAUAUCACAGAAAUUGAAAAAUGUUUUAGACAAAAGUUUUUUUACUUUAAGGGGAACAUAAUAUUAAUUUGGAUGACGUUGUCAAGGCAAGGUCCAUCUUAUGUUCUUCUUGAACUAAAACACAGUAUUUCUGAGAUAUUUGAAUGGAUCCUUUUAAAUGGGACACCCCGUUCUGUAAAAUAAUAUAUUAACCGUCCAUGAAAACUAUUAGAAUUUCAUGAACAAAACAGCAUUUGAUGCUACGAUACGACGAAUGUAAUUAUCAAUAUCUUGUAAAUGACAAUUUUUUUAGCUGUGGAAUUAUUAAGUUCUUAGUACAUACAUCUAUAAAUAUAUACGACACAUAAAUAUAUAUGCUUUAUGAGAAAAAGAAUAUAUAAAUUAUUAUUUUUUAAUGUAUAUGCGUCAACAGAGAGAAUUUUGUUACGUCGGCAGAUGUACUGUGUGUCAAAAGUUGUAUGAAAGUUUCUAAGAAGGACGUAGGGAGAACUAGGUUCUCCAAUGUCACAUUCGCCUUAAACGUCCUAUUAUGUAAUAUAACAUCGAGUACAUUUUAGAAAUAAAAAAGGACAUUGAAUUAA